GCGGCACAGCGCCCGGCUCGGGGUUCCGGCGGCUGCACCUGGGCCGCAGCUGGCGUCCGGCGGGGGCACGCGGCCCGCCCCGCUCCGCGAUGACCACGGCUGGCGCCCCGGGCGCCCUGCCCGCAGGGACUGCUGUGAGCAGCCUCCAUGAGGCCCUGGACCAGUGCAUGAUCGCCCUGGACCUCUUCCUCACCAACCAGUUCUCAGAAGCACUCAGCUACCUCAAGCCCAGGACCAAGGAGAGCAUGUACCACUCGCUGACCUAUGCCACCAUCCUGGAGAUGCAGGCCAUGAUGACCUUUGACCCUCAGGACAUCCUGCUCGCUGGCAACAUGAUGAAGGAGGCGCAGUUGCUGUGUCAGAGGCACCGGAAGAAGUCCUCCAUGACAGAUUCGUUCAGCAGCCUGGUGCACCGCCCCACUAUGGAUCAGUUCACGGAAGAGGAAAUCCACGCUGAGGUCUGCUACGCAGAGUGCCUGCUGCAGAGAGCAGCCCUGACUUUCCUGCAGGAUGAGAACAUGGUGAGCUUCAUCAAGGGCGGCAUCAAAGUUCGAAACAGCUAUCAGACCUACAAGGAGCUGGACAGCCUCGUGCAGUCCUCACAAUACUGCAAGGGAGAGAACCACAGGCACUUUGUGGGAGGCGUGAAGCUUGGCAUGGGCGCCUUCAACCUGACGCUGUCCAUGCUCCCUACUAGGAUCUUGCGGCUGCUGGAGUUUGUGGGAUUUUCAGGAAACAAGGACUAUGGGCUGCUGCAGCUGAAGGAGGGUGCCUCCGGGCACAGCUUCCGGGCCGUGCUCUGCGUCAUGCUGCUGCUGUGCUACCACACCUUCCUCACCUUUGUGCUCGGCACCGGGAACGUCAACAUCGAGGAGGCAGAGAGGCUCCUGAAACCCUACCUGAAGCGAUACCCUAAGGGCGCCAUCUUCCUGUUCUUCGCUGGAAGGAUUGAAGCCAUUAAAGGCAAUGUUGACGCAGCCAUCCGGCGGUUCGAGGAGUGCUGCGAGGCCCAGCAGCACUGGAAGCAGUUCCACCACAUGUGCUACUGGGAGCUGAUGUGGUGCUUCACCUACAAGGGCCAGUGGAAGAUGGCCUACUUCUAUGCCGACCUGCUCAGCAAGGAGAACUCCUGGUCCAAGGCUACCUACAUCUACAUGAAGGCUGCCUACCUCAGCAUGUUUGAGAAGGACGACUACAAGCCGUUCGGGGAUGACGAAGUGGAGUUGUUUAGAGCCGUGCCAGGCCUGAAACUCAAGAUUGCUGGGAAAUCUCUACCCACAGAGAAGUUUGCCAUCCGGAAGUCCAGGCGAUACCUCUCCCCUGAACCCGUCUCUUUGCCAAUCCCUGCUCUGGAAAUGAUGUACAUUUGGAAUGGCUACGCUGUGAUUGGGAAGCAGCCAGAGCUCACUGACGGGAUACUUGAGAUUAUCACCAAGGCCGAAGAGAUGCUGGAAAAGGGGCCAGAGACCGAGUACUCGGUGGAUGAUGAGUGUUUAGUGAAGUUGCUGAAAGGCCUGUGUCUGAAAUACCUGGGCCGUGUCCAGGAGGCUGAGGAGAAUUUCAGGAGCAUCACUGCCAAUGAAAAGAAGAUUAAAUAUGACCACUACUUGAUCCCAAAUGCCCUGCUGGAGCUGGCCCUGCUGUUCAUGGAGCAAGGUAGAAAUGAAGAGGCUGUCAAGCUCUUGGAAACUGCCAAGCAAAACUACAAGAACUACUCCAUGGAGUCAAGGACACAUUUUCGAAUCCAGGCAGCCACACUCCAAGCCAAGUCUUCUCUAGAGAAUGGCAACAGAACCAUGGUCUCCUCGGUGUCCUUGUAGUUUUGUGCAGCACUCCCAAGCUGGAAGACAGAGACAGCUGAACAGAGCUCCUGGAAACAUUUCAAAACCAAUCCCCUCCCCCUGCCCUGCCUUCGGGGUCCACCGGUGCUCCAGUGGGAUGGCACGACCUGAGUAUCCGUGAAGCCACGCUGGCGUUUUCACCAGUGUGGCCAAGUCCUUUGCCAAGGACAGAGCAGGUGGAGCCCUCUGCCUGGCCUAUCGCAUAUACGGGUACUUGUUUUUCACUGUGAUGUUUAAGAGAAUGUACGAAUAGUUUACAUUUUCCUUAGAAAUACAAUGAUGGGAUCAUAGUUGGCUUUUUAAAAAACCACCAACCAACCACCUGCAUAUCUUUGCUUUAAUCCAUACUGAUCUGGAGGUAAAUCUGUAUGAUGCCAAAGGCGAAACUGCUUUUCAGACCUCAGCAAGGUCUCAGCUACCCGGGCUGGAAGGACCCUCAGGAGGGUCUGCACCUCAGGCUUCAAAACCUCUGGGGGCUGCACAAAGACACCCCCUAUCUUACUCCUUAUACUUCAUUUUAAUUCCCUUUGUAUCCUUCCAAUUUAAAAAAAAUCAAACUUAUCUUUUUAGUGAGAUAAUUUUCAUUUGAGUUGAUCUGCAGGGAAAAAAAUCAAUCUCUACCAGUCAGGAGCAGGGAUGCUGGGGCCUGAUGGGGAGCUGCGUGGCUCUUUCUGUGCCAGGAAGUUUGGGGGGAGGGGUGGUUCUCAAACUGAAACCACUGGGAAUGAUUUGAAAUCUUCUGUACUUCACUCUGAAGUACACUUACUUACCAACAGCAUUUUUUUUUGGGGGGGGGUUAUCCUUGGCCUACUGUCUAUGUUUUAAACUUUUUAGUUAAGAGAAAAUAGAUAUUUAAGUAAUAAAAUUUAUAUACUUAAAAGAAAUCAUCCAACAUCUAUUUCAGUAAAAUGUGUUGCUUGAAUUCUUAGGCAGGGCAGAAAGUCUGGAUCAGAAACCUGUUUUAUUUAGAUUAACAGCAUAUUCUAAAAUUUUUAGGAUAAGUCACCAACAUUUAAAAAUGGGGAGAUUUCACAAAUAAAUCAUGUUUCCAGCCUCUUAUUAAAAAAAAAAAAAAAGAUCUGGCAACAUUGGGCCUUAUUACCAUAAGCAACAAAGCAACAAUCAGUUGGAGCUGAGUAGAGGUGUCUUCAAACACUUAUGUUACCCUUCUGGUCCCUAAAAUCACCUGCACUGGCAACUUCUGGGACUGUUACAAUGAGAACUCAAGUUCAGUGACUGAGUUUUAGCAUUCAGAAUCUCAUGACGGCAUACUUCGAUGUAACCAUUUCCAUAGAAAACUUCCAUAGUAAAAGUAUUCAUCUGUGAACAGGUCACUAAAAUAUAUGAAUGCAAUUUCCCUAAGAGAAGAACCACAGACAACUCUCCCAUCUUCUAGCAUUGCUAUAUUUAGCAAACACUCCUGAGCAUCUGCCAGUGGCUGGGUGGGUUAAUCUACUAACAUACAGUCAACCAGCUUCCUCUGGCAGAUACUGAAUGGGUUUUAGGUAAGGCAUAUUACCAUUAGGGAAAGAAAGCAAACUGUCAGCAGAGCUGCUGUGAAAUUUUCCCCCCAUUCUGUUAGAACCAGACAAAAGACUAAUCUCCAUAGAGCAGCCCUCUGUAAGUGCUAUCUCCUCCAAAGACUGGAUGCUGGGAGACCUGUUUCUAGGUUGCUGGGCAGGGCGGGUGUGAGAGGGUGACUACAGGCAGGCUGCUGAGAGGACAGCUUUCUGUGGCUCUCCCACACUUUAGAACCCUACCUAUUACUGCACAGAAGCAGAACUAGACAGAGGAUACCAAACAUAAUUUGCAAAAUAGUUUAUUAAAAAAACCCUUUUAUCUCA